AUGUCGAAUAGACGAGAACCGCAGGUGACGAGGAACCUGCAAGCGACGGCGGAUUUGUUGGAUGCGUUGCAGGAGAACCCUACCCUCCUCAACGACGAGGAAUUCAUGAAGCGUCUCUCGAUCCUCCGUGAGAAACAUGAAGAGACUACCAACUUCCUCGCCAAGAAGCUGGGCGCCCCACCGCUCCCCACCAUGAUAUCCUCUACCUCUACCUCGAAAUCUUCCAAAACAACAACACAAUCGAGAAUCCAUAUGACGACAUCGACGAGUUGUCAUCAGAUUCCGAGGCAUUUGGAUUUGCAUCCUCGUGAGUCUUCCAAGUCUCCCAAGGAAUAUUUCGACUCCGAGAACUAUGAUAUGGAAGAGGAGGAGUAUCAUUUGGUCGAGCGACGUGGACGUCUACACCAUCAAGACUCAGAAUCCGAGUACAUGGUUCCAACCCGUCAUGAGGUCAGGGUACCGGUAAGGAUAGCGCCGGCGCCACCUGUGAAUCAAGGUAGACGCCAUCAAAUCCACGUCAUCACUCAGUCCGCACCUUCAUCAUCUUCAAGAGCUUCUAGUCUGCCACGUCAUCAACGUACAGUAACCUCAGUACCCCCAUCCCGUCAAAGAUCUGAAAACAUCCGUCAAAUCCUCGCCGAAGCCUCCAUCAAACACAACCUACCCACUGCUUCUAUCGCAAUGCCUUCCGGACUUCUUCUCUCUUCCACCAGCACUAAACACGUACCACGUCAUCCUCCAGAAUUCGCCACGUCAUCUGAUGUGGUGGAGGAGAGUUUUUUGGAGGAUGGACAGUCGACUACCAGGGAGAUUCCCACGAUUCGAGAUGAGAUGGUAACAACGGAGCAUCGGUCAGUGAAGAGACAGUUGGAGAAUGGAACGACACUUGGGCAGAAGCAUAGGUCUAAGUCGAUGCAUAAUAUGGCAGAGCCACAGGUUACGAUACCGAAGCCAUUUCAGUUAUCAUUACGAAAAUCCAUCGGCAACACCUAUGCCAAAAAGUUCAUGUCAGACCUGAUGACAGAGAAGCAGAGACAAGAGGAAGCCGCGAAAAUCGCUCUGGAAAACACGAAAUUCAAGGCGAAACCUGUCCCGAAGUCCACGUACCUCCCAACAAAUACAUUUGCCACCGAGCAGAAAUAUGUGGAGGCGAUGAGAAAGAAGGUGGCGGCGGUGGCAAGGAAGAAGUUUGAGGCGCAGAGUGAGAUGUUCCGAUCGAAGAGUGAGGGGAACUUGGCCUCCAUCAAACCCCUUGGCUAUGUUCCCCCAAGCACUUACAUCUCUCCAAUUCCAGUCCGACCAAACGCUCGGGGGCGGAGUGCAGUGACAAGGACAGCGGCGAUGAUACAGGAGGCAACGACACCAAAGGGGAUAAAGAGCCACCGAGCACAAUCAAACUUGACGCACAACUUGAGGCAUGGGAGGUGCAAGUUGGAUACGUCUGCAGUGGUGUUGCAUAGAAGGACGUCUCCACCGGAUUUUAAUAAGAUUCAUGCAAAGAUAAACGAAGAAUACCGUCGCACAAAUUCCAAACCCUCCACUGUCCCCAUCCCAUUCAAAUUUGCCCACCGCAGUCCAUCCGCCCCAACCCGUCACACCAACUGCAAGGAGACCCCUCCAGAGCAAUUCAAGCCAAAAACUCCCGCAACUAAACCAUCAGAAUUCAUCAGAAUCCCGAGCACUCAUGGCGCUCAGCUUCGUGAAGAACUGAAUCGCGCCAGGAUACAGAAGAUGCGAGCGGAGGAGACGGCGAAGAAUAACUUCUGGGCGGAAGAUAAUCGGAAACGGAUCGCCUCGUUCCUGGGCAGGAGGAGUAAGACAGAGGAUAACUUGGCGAUGAGGACAAGGAUGAAAAUCCAACAACAGCAAGAGACCGAACAGGAGUAUAUGAGACAGUUGAGCGAGAUGAAGCAAAGAGUGCUCAAAGGCCCCCUCAUCAUGGAGAAACAAACCGCCUUGGCCCAAGAACACCGUCUAAAACGAAAAUAUGAAGAACGGAUGAAAAAUUCCAAAGUUAGAUCCGCCCAAGCAGAUCCUUCACGACGCGGGUCUGAAACCAGUGCUGCUGGAACAUUUGUAGUGGAGAAGAAUGGAUCUUCUGCAGUUACAUCUUCUAGGAAAUCCGAGUCGAAAGCAUCUUCUUCCCGGUCCUAUAAGAAAUCCACGUCAUCUGAGGAAUCUUCUGGAUCUUCUAGAUCUUCGGAGUCCACUGGAGCUUCUGGAUCCCGAAAAGUCUCAUCUAGAAGAUCUGAAUCAUCGUCGUCGUCUUCUGAAUCUUCUUCAGAAGACAAUAGUGAUGAUUCAGAGAGAUAG